ACCACCACCACGACCACUUCCGUCCCCACGACCACUUCGCCCUCGACGACCACCACCACGACCACUUCGCCCUCGACGACCACCACCACGACCACUACGACCACUUCGCCCUCGACGACCACCACCACGACCACUUCCGUCCCCACGACCCUCCGUCCCCACGACCACUUCGCCCUCGACGACCACCACCACGACUACUUCCGUCCCCACGACCACCUCCCGCCCGACGACCACCACCACGCCCACCCUCCCCUCGACGACCACCCUCCGUCCCCGUAG